AUGGCAAUGGCAAAAGAGAGCUAUACUUUGUACCGCGUAGAAGCUCAAGAAUCCUCUCUAUUGUUUCCCACUCCGAAUCCAGCCGAACCUUUCCUUGACCACGAGGUCCUUCCGCCCACUACCUCGUUCGUGGGCGAAAACCUGCCUUCUCUCUGCCUUCGAUUUUACUUCGCCGGCAACAACAACAACAACAACAACAACAGCAACAGAAACAAAACUGCCUCGUUGGCACCGCAGCCAUUACUUCCAAUCCUCACGAUGCCCGCUGUGGUUGAGGAGCCCGAUGUCCGGGGCAGAUUGCUGCUGGUGUCUAACAGACUACCUAUUACCAUCAAACGGACCGAUGAUGGCUCCUACACCUUCUCCAUGUCCUCCGGUGGUCUCGUUACAGGUCUGAGCGGACUCUCAAAAACCACGACCUUUCAAUGGUAUGGCUGGCCCGGCUUGGAAGUACCAGAGGUGGAAGCUGGUCCUAUGGUGAAGCGUCUCAAGGAUGAACACGGUGCCGUGCCGGUCUUCAUCGACGAUGAACUGGCAGACCGACACUACAACGGCUUCUCUAACUCGAUCCUCUGGCCUCUAUUCCACUACCACCCCGGAGAGAUUACGUUUGACGAGUCAGCCUGGGCUGCUUACAAGGAAGUCAACCGAUUGUUCGCAAAGACAAUGGCAAAGGAUGUACAGGAUGGGGACUUGGUCUGGGUUCACGACUACCAUUUGAUGCUCCUGCCACAAAUGCUGCGAGAGGAGAUCGGAUCGAAGAAAAACGUCAAGAUCGGCUUCUUCCUCCAUACGCCAUUCCCCAGUAGUGAGAUUUACAGAAUUCUACCUGUCCGAGACGAAUUGCUGCGUGGAGUCCUCAGUUGCGACUUGAUUGGAUUCCACACUUACGAUUACGCACGUCAUUUCCUUAGCAGUUGCUCUCGUAUCCUUGAAACACCAACCACCCCCAACGGCGUCGAUAUCGGAGGCGGAAAAUUCGUCACGGUCGCGGCAUUCCCUAUCGGCAUCGAUCCCGAUAAGUUCGUCGAUGGACUGAAGAAGCAGAAGGUUCAAGAACGCAUAGCUGUACUGGAACGCAAAUUCGAGGGUGUCAAAUUGAUUGUAGGGGUUGAUCGGUUGGACUACAUCAAGGGCGUUCCACAGAAGCUCCACGCUCUGGAAGUCUUCCUCUCUGAGCACCCGGAGUGGAUCGGUAAAGUCGUACUCGUUCAAGUCGCAGUACCCAGUCGUGAAGACGUUGAAGAAUACCAGAAUCUCCGUGCUGUAGUCAACGAACUGGUCGGCAGAAUCAACGGCCGCUUCGGCACCAUCGAAUUCAUGCCCAUUCACUUUCUGCAUCAGUCUGUCAACUUCGACGAACUCACCGCUCUGUACGCAGUCUCCGAUGCUUGUCUCGUGUCAUCCACCCGCGACGGCAUGAACCUGGUCUCCUAUGAGUAUAUUGCCACGCAACGCAAGCGCCACGGCGCGAUGAUCCUUUCUGAGUUCACUGGUGCCGCUCAGUCGCUGAAUGGCGCUUUGAUUGUCAACCCAUGGAACACGGAGGAGCUUGCAGGUGCGAUUCACGAUGCGGUCACCAUGUCUCCCGAGCAGCGUGAGAUCAACUUCAAGAAGUUGGAGAAGUACGUUUUCAAGUAUACGAGUGCGUGGUGGGGCGAAUCAUUUGUGAGCGAGCUGGUCAGAAUCAGUGAUAGUGCGGAUGAGAAGCAUAAGAGGUAUGGCGGGAAGGCGAUUGAGCAUGGAAGCGAGCUGAGCGAGAGAGAUCUGAAUGUGAAGGAUGGCAGAGGAGAGCUGAGCGAUUGA